AUGAUUUGUUCCUGCUUUCUAUCAAUUGUUUCUUAUUUCCUUUAUUCAUGCGUUCCUUCUUUCUGUCAUUCAAUUUUCUUUCUUUCAUUCUUCUUUCUUUCUUCCUUUCUUUUCUUCCUUUCUUUCUUUCUUUCUUUCUUUCUUUCUUUCUUUUUCCUUUCUUCCUUUCUUUCUUUCUUUAUUUAUUUCCUUCUUCCUUUUUUUUCUUUUUCCUUUCUUUCUUUCUUUCUUUCUUUCUUUUUCUUCCGUUCUUUCUUUUUUCUUUUCUUCCUUUCUUUUCUUCCUUUCUUUCUUCCUAUCUUUUUUUCUUUCUUUCUUUAUUUCCUUCUUCCUUUCUUUUUCCUUUCUUUCUUUCUUUCUUUCUUUCCGUCUUCUUUUCUUUUUCUUUCUUCCUUUCUUUCUUUCUUUCUUUCUUUUUUCUUCCGUUCUUUCUUAUUUCUUCCGUUCUUCCUUUCUUUUCUUCCUUUCUUUUCUUCCAUUUUUAAUUCUUUCUUUCUUUCUUUCUUUCUUUCUUUCUUUCUUUAUUUAUUUAUUUAUUUCCUUCUUCCUUUCUUUUUUCUUUUUCCUUUCUUUCUUUUUUCUUCGUUUCUUUCUUUCUUUCUUUCUUUCUUUCCUAAUUACCAUUUUUAUUAA